CAUUUAGCACAGAAACCAAAAAAAGUACUAACAAGACAUUACAGAGAAGCAAGAAAAGAGACUUUCUAUCCAGAGGCAAGUCAUGUUAUUAAACAUGAUACAUCACAGAAGACUUCUGUUGUUGCUAUUUGUGAGCCUGAAUGACGUGGCAGACCUGUCGAAACCCACCGCCCAAACAGUGACUCAAGGAAUUACCCUGUUUACAUUAACAAACUUCAAAGACUAUAACAACAUCACCCAAAGUCCCUGUGAAGAACUUUGUGCCAAGCCAUGUGAUCUCUUGACUCUGACCAGAAUAGGUCUGGAUUGGUUUCCUGCAUGCGUACCUGGAGAAGUCAAGCACUUAGAUUUGAGCUUCAACAAUCUUACUCUAAUCAAGGACGAAGACAUUUCUCAUCUGUCCGAGUUACAAAGCUUGGAUCUGAAGCACAAUCAAAUAAGAGACAUUCACUGGAGGGGAAAUGUACUGUCUAAUCUUAAAUCUCUGGACCUCAGUAACAAUCUCUUAUCCGUUGUUCCAAAGUGCAUUAUGUUGAAGAAAGUAACCUGGUUGUCUCUUGCACAAAACCCAAUCAAAGAAAUCCAACCCUACGCUUUCCAAUGUUUUCCAAAUUUGGAAUAUCUUAAUUUAUCAUUCACUCGGCUUGGGAGUAACACUUCGGAAGGCAUCAGUCAGUCAGGGUUUGCCCUGAAUGUAACUCAGGCCCAAGACAGUUCAUUAAGGUUUCUUGACACACUUGACCUAAGUGGGACAUUUCUCACUGCAGUCAAUCAAGAUUGGAAUAGAGACUUGCCAAACCUGAGGAAUCUUUCCAUUAGAGCUAUGAAAGAGUUGAAAAGUUUGGAUGGUCUGGUAGACACGUUUCCCCAUAUUGUACAACUGGACUGCGCCAAUUCCAGCUCUCUAAGCUCUAUUAACACCACGAUGUUUGAAAGAGCAACAGACCUGCAUUACAUUAAUCUCCAAAACUGUAAUUUGACCUCCAUAUCACCUUGGAACAUCAGUUCAAGAAAAAUGAAUCUUAACCUCCAUGACAAUCCACUGACCUGCAACUGUGAAUUUUCACUGUGGCUGUCAAAGCACCCAGAGGUUAAACUGCUCAGGAUAAAUGAAACUUCCUGCCAAAGAGAUUCUGUUUCCUUUUCACUGUACUCAGAUUUAAUGCUGUGUCAGCUAAACUCCAUAACUGACACCUAUAAUCUACCAGAAGAAAAUGAAAACAUCCCAACGUUGUCACAUCCCCACGUUGCCACAUCCACGGAAAGGAAUGAAUUUGUAGGAACGUCUAACGACUCCUUAAAACCGACAUCCACUCCUCAGGACAAAGCAAGUAAACUAUCUGUUAUUAAAAGCCUUAUUGUUUUUAAGACAACCUCUACGGACUCCAGCUUAACAGCUGCCAUUCCAAAAUUACUAUUAUUUUCUCCUGAUAAUCAAGAAACUACAAUAGGUCCUAACCUAAAACAAGUCUCCACGGAACACCACGCAUAUUCCACCAAUGGUGUUUUAGGUUCCACAACUAGAGAACAAAUUGUACAAAGGUCUGUUACGUCUCCAAUCCUUUUGACUGUAACUAGCGCAAUUCAAGUUGAACAAACAACCCAGCAAACCACAGAUAUAAUUACACAAAACAGUAUCAAAAUUCAUGGCGUCAAAGGCGAUAACGCAAGAGAGACCUCUCCUUUUGUUGAAAUUCCUAUGGACUAUGACUAUCACGGUGCAGAGGAUAAACCAAAAACAACAAUCAUGAAUCAGGUGGUGUCUUGUGAUUACGACCCUUGUAGGCACCUACAGACACCGUGCUUUGAUCUUCAGCAGGACAUGCACUGUUUGUGCCCUGGACUAUCAGGUGAAAACAUUGUUCCUGAACCGCCACGGCUACGGGAAGUGACAGAGAUAACAGACACGUCAGCACAAAUCCAUUGGUGUGCACCAAAUUCUGUAGUACACAAGUAUCAACUUGUAUAUUACACGGCAGGUUAUGAAGACCAGAGUGUGGAAGACAACAUCUACGAAACCGCAAGACAAUACACUCUAUAUAAUCUAUUACCCGAUACAAUGUAUCGCAUAUGUGCAGUUAGUGUUAAUAAAGCUGGGGUCAGUAAUACAGAAAAUGAUAAUUUGUCGAAAUCUCCAUGCACCGAAUUUAAAACCAAGCCAAGUUACAUUAUCAUAAUGGCCACAUUAAGUGCUCUGUGUGGCUUGUUUUUAGUUGCCAUAACAGUAAUGUCAGUGUGUUUAUACAAGAUGCACAAAAAUAAUCUACUUAAUCAGUAUGAUACACAUCUUGUUUCCUAUAAAAAUCCUGCAUUUGACUAUCAAUUAACCAUCCCAUCUUAUAACUAAUAUGGUUUAAUUUCCAUACCUAUAUGUAUAAAAUUGGUCAUUUGGAUUUUGGAGAGAGGCGAUUGUAACAUUCAAUAAAGCCCAGUCCCAAUAUACUGUAUAACCAUCUAAAUAUGGAUCACGUAUAUCCAAUAUAUUCAUGCCUUCCUUUUACAGAAGUAUAAACAAUAAGUUAUUAUUUUUGGCCAAAUGAAAAACAGCAAUAAUAAUAUUAUGUUAAAUUUUAUAAAGGCAUGGAACAAAUUCUUAGAGUCAUGAAGGUUAAAUUUUCAUUUAUAUUGAUGCAGCCUGUAUAUUGGUAGAACUGGCAUGUCCUACUCUAACAGCCUAAUGUCUGCUUCAUGAGCUACUUACUUGGGGGCAAAAAUUCCAUCUAGUUUUUUAUAAGUGUAAAGACCCUGAGUGCUAGUCUUUAUCACCAUUUUUGAUAUAUCUCUAUUGUUGUAUUUUUUUUGUUUGGUUUUUAGAAGGGCCCCCAAACUAUAGAACUUAAUGGCUUGAUUUAGUUUCUUUGCAGUUCUUUUUAAGCUGCUCUGGAAGUUUAAAUAAAAUCUUAUGCAUGUUUA